AUGGAUGUGGCUGAGAUUGUCAAACAGUCGGACCAACUGCACGAGAACGUAAAGCUCAUAGAGGACUAUGACCUGCUAAAGCCUUAUGUUGAAACUGGUGGUUUGGAAAUCCAGUAUCGCUUUGCACGAGCUUGCCGUUCGAGAAGUAAGUCUUUCAUUUACUUCAAGGGGAAAUGAUGCAGUUCUGAAUGACGCGAAAAAUGACAAACACAAAAUAAAAGAGCUGACCGAGGAAGGCUUAAAAGCGGCAGAGCUCGCUGUCGCGUCAAAUGACAAGUCCCCAACUGCUCAUAUGGUUGUGAAUAUUGCGCUCGUCUGAAACGUUGAUUUAGUGGCUAGGCAUUUUCUACGACUUAGAGGGCCAACUUUCAGGAAUAAAUAAGAGGAUAGAGAAUGCAUACAAAGUCAGAGAUGAAUUUCAGGCACGUUUCCACAUAAUGUGUUAUUUUUUUAGAAAGCCCUUGACCUUGGUCCUUCAGACGCUGAUCCAUAUCAUUGCAUGGGUGUCUGGUAAGAAAUGGCGGAUUACUAAGCCUUUCGAAGGUGUCACGAAGUGGCCAGUUUAGGAAAACUUGAAAGAGCAUUCGCGUCAGCUUUCUUUAAGAAGCCCCCGGAGUCGUCGUACGAAGAAGUAAGAUCAUAUGUCAUUGGAAUCCGAUUGUUAUAGGCAGUGAAAUUCCUGUUGAAGUCAACUGAAUGUAAGUCAUAGUGUAAAAUUAUGUCUUGCUUUAGUAUCUCCAAAUAAACUCAUCGAUACUUAUGCGAGACUGGCGGAGUGCUAUGAGAAACUGAAGGAGAAGGACAAAGCGAAGAUAUAUGCAGAUAUCGUAUUAAAUUGGAAACGAGAAGAUGACGAAGCCAAAGAAGUAAGUUUUCCCUUAAUACAUACUAAGAUUUGCAGAUAAAAAAGAGAGUUUCGAAACUCCGAUAA